AUGGCCGACUCAACGCGAUCAAGGGACAAUCUACCACCUCCGCCUCCACCUCCUCCAGAGAACCCUCGUUCAAAAAUAUCACCCACAGUCCUAAAGAUGCGAAGUACAUCUCCCAGCCACUUCUUUCAAUCCCAAGUCACCCGACCUCAAAACCAAGGCCCUGCUCCAACAGGCCCAUACUUCUUCUACGGCUCACUUCAAGACCAAAAUCUACUUAUAGAUCUGUUAGACCUAAAACACGCUUUUCACCUGCGACCCGCAUACAUCGACGGCUACAAAUGCAAGCUUUGGGGACACUACCCGGCCUUACUCUCUGGCAAUCCCGGGGAUACUGUCAUAGGGGCUGUGUACCAGGUACCGACAAAUGAACACGCGGAGAAACUAGCGGCCUAUGAGGGGCCUAGCUAUACAACUGUUCCUUGCUCAAUUCGGUAUGUGGAUGGCCAAUCUCCAACACACGCAGAGGGGUACGCGUUUCUCUUCGUGGGGAACAUGCGCGAUCUGAGUGACGGGCCUUUUGAUUUAAAGCUUUGGUUGGACAGAAAGGCAUUGGGAAGAAAGAAUUAA